GUUUUUGUUACUUUUUAAAAUAUUUUUGGCAGUUCGCGCUUAAAUUGUGACAGCAAAGACUGUGCAAUACAAUUAAGCCAAACAAAAGAAGUAAAUCCCCACUUAAUACUCAAAUGGUUUGCCAAUGAUCUGAUGAAUGACAAUUUCAAUUUAACAGAAUCAACAGAGUUGCCUUCUCAGUUCGAUUACUAUGACAUUCUCUCUGAAAAAAACAGUAAUUUGACCAGUUUGACAUUAACAAAACCCGAAACAAUUACAAUGAAUAAUUCAUUUUCAUCUUAUCGAUAUUAUCCACCGGUAGAGUUUACACCGACAACUCCACCAACAACUUUAGGUAAAUGUAAAAAUUCUAGUGAACAGUCUAACGAUCAGAGAGUACAGAAUGAUUCCCAAUUUAACUAUUAUACUAGAGAUUUAAGAACUGAUUUAAAUACUGAAUGUACGUCGAGUACAUGUGAACCAUUGAAUACUAUAUGUACUGAAACUCAAUUCCUACAAAAUACACCUAACAAUACAUCACAACAAACAAAUAAUAUAGUUAUGAAGAAGAAUUUACAAAACAAUAAUACUACUAAUGAUAUUGAUACUCCAAUAUUUCAUGGAAGGCAACAUAGUAUGCCCAUAUUUCUGCCGUCUUAUACAACAUUUGAUGAUAAUACACCAAAUAAAAUAGACAACGAAAUAUCAACAGACACAGAGAAUUCACAUGGAUCUAAAGAAAUUAAUCGACUUACAUUAAUUGAUAAAUCAUCUAGACCGGUUGCAACUAGUACUAUGAGUAAUUCUACAAUUGAUACAGGGACAAGUAUAAAAAAAGCAAGUACAACAACAUCAAAUCCAAAUUCAUUAAACUUAGUUAUCGAUAUUCAUUUACAUGGUGUUGGUUUAUCUGAUAAUCGUAUGACACAAAGUUGUAUACAAGAGAAAGAUUAUGAUCGAUCAGCAGAUGAUAAGCUAUUGAGUAAAACAAAUUAUAGUCAAUGUUCAAUGGAUGAGCUUUUAACAAAUAUGGAUUUUUGUACACUAAGAUGUAAACCGCACAGAGCUAUUUCAUUAAUUGAUCAACAAAAUUCAUCUUCACAAUCCUCUUCAUAUGAAUUAAAUACUGGUGAAAGUCGAUUAAGUCAAAGAUUGAAUAAGUUACCAUGGAAUAAAUACAAUGAUUAUGCAAAUAGAAUAAAUUCGGCUGAUACAAAAUCGGAUAAUGCAAACGAAAACAAAAUGAAAUGUUCAAUUGAUACAAACGGUUGGGAACCACACAUACAUAGCCAUAAUUAUAAUAUUAAAUCAGACGACAUUAAAUCACGUUUAAGAAAUCAACAUCAUCAGUUGUAUAAUCACCAUCAUCAGCAUUGUAGAGGAUAUGAUCGGUCGAUAUAUACGGAUCAAACGAAUGGAAUAUGUGUUGAUGAUUCACGUAUUCGUCGAACACCAAUGCCUGUCCAUAGACAGAUGGUAAACAAUUCACAAGGUAAUAACUUGAAGUUAUCUACUGUCAGUCGAUAUCCUACAAUGCCAAAUAUAAAUAAUUCAUCGAAAAACAUUGAUUAUAUUGAGUCAAAUUCAGGAACAUUUUCACAAUCAGUUGAUAUUCCAUUAUUGAUUCGAUUACUUCAAUCAUCUGAUCCAGAUGUUGUAUCAAAUGCAGCUGCUUACUUACAACAUUUAGUUUAUCGUAAUCCAAGUUUAAAAGAGAAAACACGACUGUCUGGCGGUAUAUCAGCUUUAGUUCAGUUACUCUAUUCAGAUCACACACGUAUUUGCCUUAAUGCAGUUGGAGUGUUACGUAAUCUAACAUGCGGGGAUACCUUAGCCAUAAAAAAAGAAUUGGAACGAGUUGGUGGUAUACGUGCAUUAGCUUGGUUAAUUGAAAAUCGUCAAGUCUAUGGAUCAACCACAGAUUCAUUCAAAGAUUUAAAUUAUGGGAUGUCUAGUAAUUCAAGUAAUUGUCACUUGAAUGGCACUGAAUACGAUGAUUUACAUCAGGCUGUUAAAUCAAUUUUGGAGAAUGCCGCUUCUGUUCUAUGUAAUUUAGCAUCAGUAAGUUGGUUGAAACGAAGUGUUUUACAAGAAGCAUUAAUUCCAAGUUUGUUGAAUGUUAUUAUUGUGCCAGCAGCAACGGAAACAUCCAUUUAUGCAUCAAAAGAUAACGGAGCUCAGUCAAUUAUUAAUAGUAUUCUGUUUCGUAUUGUUACAUCCCUGAUACGAAAUAUAAGCAGUUCUGAAGAUGAUGAUGUCAGAGAACAAAUGCGUCAGUGCCCUCAACUUGCAACUAGUCUUUUCAGUAUAUUACGUUAUGCAGUAGAACAUCAAUUAUACGAUAAACGGUCGAUAGAACAUUGUGUUUGCACGAUUCGUAAUUUAUGUUAUGGUUUGCAACAGAGACAGCAGACACAACAAUCUCAACCUCAACAAUCAUCAUCUCAAUCUUCUGUUACAUCGUCAAGUCAAGACAGUAAAUUUCAAGAGAAAUCACGCAAUGGUUCAUUAUUAAGAAUUAAAUCAACCAGUCUUGUAAGCGGUAAAAAGUCAAAGGGAUUAACAGAAAUCGAAACGAACUCUGAAUCAUUAAAUAAAUCAACUAAUCACUUGAAAACCGAAAAUAUCCCUUCACCAUAUGGAGAGAUAGAUUCAGUAAGAACAUUGAUCUAUUUAAUACAAUAUAGUUCAAAUCCGUAUACACUGGAAGCUGCUGCUGGUUCACUACAAAAUUUAACUGCAGGGCAUGGAAGUUCAAGUGAACAAAUGCGAGAAACUAUUCGUUUAAAUCAUGGACUUCCAUUACUUGUAGAAUUGUUAAAUAAUUCAAUGCAUAAUGUUGUUGCAACUGCAGCUAAUGCAUUACGUAAUUCUGCAUUAGAUCCAAUUAGUUGUAAUCUACUUGGUAAAUAUGCAUUAAAUCGUAUUAUACAAGCAUUAGAUCAACAUUCAUGUGGAAUUGCAUUAAAUUUACAUUCUAAUGAAUAUAAAACACACUUAAAUAAACUAAAUACAAUGAAUAAUAAUCUUAAUAAUAACAGUUAUUAUAACAAUAAUUCUGAAUGGCAAAUACCAAUACAAACAUCAAAUGUAAUGAAUAAAUCAGUAUGUUUAACAAAUCAUGAAUAUACACAAUUUGGUGAAGAAAAUAAAUCUAAUAUACAGAAACAAUGUACAACUGCUUUGUUAAGUUUAUGUUGUGUUAUAAUACAUAAAAAAUUGGAAAAUGCUAGACGUUUUGUUACACUAGGAGGAGUUGAGAAAUGUCAAGAAUUAUUAAAAAUUUGCCAUAAUAAUGGUCAUUUAAUAAGAUUUAAUUGUACUGAACAAUUAGUCAAUGAAGAUAAAACUACUCAAACUGUUAUUAAACUUAUACGUCAAUUAUUGUUUAUGUUAUGGGAAUUUUCUGAAUUGCGUCCAAUUUAUAAAUUGGCUGGAUGGAAUGAAACAGAUUUCUGUAUUCAUAAACGCAAUCGUUUAGCAAGUUUAAUAAGACGACGAUCAAAAAAAGCAGAACUACCACGUAAACGAGUGAAUUCCGAUUUCAGACAGUAUACAAAUGGUAGCGUUAGUGAUUCUGAAGAAUGUAAACGUCAAACAUUUGCUUAUUCAAAUAGAACUAAAAAUAAUGAAUUUAUUUUUGAUGAUAUUAAAAAUAAUUGUGAAGAUUUGAGUGAAUCAGUAUAUAGUUUACAUGGUGGUCAACCAUCAUCAUCAUCUUAUUAUAUUCCAGCUCAAACAAUUGUUCAUGAAUCAUGUAAUCCAGAUGAAUUAAAUUCUUAUCGUCAAGAUAGAACACAUGCAGUUUAUAUUACAGAAGGAGAUAUAAAUGCCACAUCCAAAGAUAAUCACAAUAAUGUUUUUGAAAUGAUUAAUUUGUAAAAAUGUUUUUUUUGUGUAAAUUCUAUAUCUUUCAUAAUCGUAAUGUGAAUAACUAAUUAGAGUUUACGGCAGUUUCUUUUUGUUGUUGACGAAAAAAUCUUUUUUUGUUUUUGUUUUUACAGUCAUAACUAAUCUAAUCAAUAUUUCUGUACCAUUUCGUUACAUAAGAAUAUAUAUAUUUGUAAAAUAAAAGUUUAAAUGAAUAAGUUGGUGUAAAAUGUUCAAGGAACCUAGAGUUGUCUAAUUAUUUACUUCCUUACGCCUAUUACUCCUUGUGAAGGAGCAUAGGCCACUGACCAGCAUUCUCUAUCCAGCCCUGUCCUGGGCAAAAAGUUGUCUAAUAAUAUGUCAUUAUUGAAAAUUAUACCAAUUUGAGUGUUGACUUAUAAUGUAGUCCAAGAAUUAUCGUUCAAGUGUACUUUUUUUUAUCAGUUAGUGUUGAUCAUUCUAUUAAGUUUUUAUAACACUAUUUAAUGAGAACUGGUUAAUGUAUAAGUGCACUUAUCUGGUUACUUUGUAUUAUUUGAAGAAACGUGGACACUAAACUUCAAUGUUUUUUUUAUAUUACCUAUCAAUUAUUCAUAUUGAUUAAUCAAUUUUAUUUAAUUUUCUACAAUUUACACAUAUUUAUUUACAAAGAUCUCAAAUUUUGUUACGAUGUGAUGUAAUUUCUGCUAAAUUUCUUUGGAAAAAACAAUCAGAAUUAAAUACGAUUUGUUAUGUAUAAAUUAAUGUCGUUUUGAACCCUUUCAAGAAUUUCAAAUGUUAUUACUUCACUUAUGGUUUAUCGUAUAAAAAGUAUAUGUAAGUACGUUUAUAAUCCAACAAAUUUAUCUUUUUUUUUUCCCCAAUAAUU